AUGUCUACUGACGCGUACUUCGAAGAUUUAACUUACUGCUCGUUACUUGGCUUCCUGGAACACAAGCGUCCAACAAAAAAAGACAAAGCCUACAGUUUGUAUAAAGGAACACUUAGUUUCAUUUCUAAAGACGAUACCAUCAAGCCGAAAAGAAGAACUCGCGCGCAAGAUUGUCUAAAACAUUUUAAGGUGAAGUUUCAUACAUUCUUUGUUAAUGGUAUAACAUCUGUUAUCCCAAUCUUUCCACUUGACCUUUGUGUCGUACAUCAAUGGAGAAUAUUUGUUAGCUUACCAUCGUCCUAUCCCAUCCUCUUGCGAUCUCUGUGUCGUCGAGGGAGCUAUUUUGUUCGACCUCUGUGUCAAUGGGGGAUGGCCUCAGUGCUGGUGUGGAUUUCAUGCUACCUCCUAACCUCUGUGUUGUGGAGUUAUGACCUCUGUGUUGCUGGCAGUGAAACAAUAUUGGACGGAUCUGGAGAAGAAACAACUGGAGGAUUUGAUUCUCUUGAAGAGUCUUUACAUGUUCUAGAUGCGACAAAAGGUACACGAAAUCAAGGUCACUUACUACGAAAAACAAUUACAAAAAUUAUUGAAAAACGGAGUACCACAAACCAUAUACUUACGGAAAAUAGCGCAUUAAAAUCAAAUCCUCUUAAUGUUAAAGAACCUCAAGAGAAUGGAAAGUCAGCCUGUAAAGAUAAUUUGAAAAGAAAAAAAGAUGAAGAUGAUAAGCCGAAUUAUGAAGGAUUGUCAUUAUUAUUUGAUGAAUCAAACGAAGAUGCCCUUGUGGAAUGUAUUGAUGAAAAAGUACUUGAGCAAGAGAAUAUAUUGCCACAAGUUAGUGGUAAUAGCGUCUUAAAGGCAUUGUUGAAUCUUUUUAUAAAAUAUCAAAAGACAAUUCCAAAAACUCGUAGAGUUUUCACUCCCGCAUAUUGGGGAAUUCUAGACUUAACCAGAGAAAGGUUAUAUAAUUGUAAAAAUCUCACGAAGGAGGUUAUACUACAACUUUUACAAGAAUUUGCUGAAAAAAUUUUCUGGAAAACAAUACCACCAGAAAAGAAUGUAUGA